CAACCAACGAUUGACCUUUAUAACCUCAAAGUUUUAUUUGUCAACAGAUUCUUGGAAUUGGGUUUUUCCAGUUUAAAAUUAAGCUGCCUGCAGCUGUGCCUGGAACAGCUACAAAACUAUGAGGAAACAAAAUGCCUCACCGAAGUAUGUACAUUUAUCAUUUGCCCCAUUCCGAGCGAAGAGAACUGUGCAGUAUCCUCGACUACAGCAACAAGUGGGAGGAACUAGGAGGUACUCACAUGAAAUAUGACUUCUUAACGAUUCAGGGUUUGCGUAAGGAGAUCUUCCGUGGCAAUUCCCCGACGGAGGAGCUUCUCACCCUUUGGGGCCAACAGAAUCACACAGUUCUUGAAUUGUUUAUACUGCUCAGUCGAAUGAAGCACUACCAAGCGAUGUCCGUGAUAAAGAUGCACGUCGACGUCACGUAUCACUCGCUCAUACAGGACGGCGACGAUAACUUAAAUUGCCUGCUGCAAGACCUCGCCUUGCGAAACGGUAAGAGCUCGCCGGCUCCGGUUGUGCACGUGCCCGAGGAGCAUCUGGUGAACUUCGACGAUCGCAAAGUUUUGAACGACGGGCGAAUUGUCAGUAAUAAUCGACUUGUGCCUCAGGUUGCUAAUAACGGACCGGUUAGCCGGGAGGAUAACGACGAGAGGCUGUUGAAGCCCAAAUCGCCGAUACCUCCGCGCCGAGGGAGUGGCUCGAAUGGACCAAUGUCCGAAAUGUCGUGCGUUGCCGAGUCGGCGGGGGCGAUACCGCAAAUACCCUACGAGGAGCUGCAGAACGCGACGAACAACUGGGAGCCGUCCGCCGUGCUGGGAAAGGGGGGAUUCGGAACGGUCUUCCGUGGCACGUGGAAACGUACGCAGGUCGCCAUCAAGCGCAUCGAGCAGAAGGGGAACACUCCCGAAUCGCAUACGGAACAAAUCAAGCAAUCGAUUACGGAAUUGCACUGCCUAAAUGCCUAUCGUCACGAUAACGUUCUACCACUAUACGGUUACAGUAUAGGCGGACCGCAACCUUGCCUAGUCUACCAGUACAUGUCCGGCGGCAGCUUAGAACACAGGCUGCGCACAAAAGAUCCAACCCGAAUUCUUUCCUGGCCCCAGAGACUGAACGUGAGCAUCGGAACGGCGAGGGGUCUCCAAUUCCUGCACACGAUCGGCGAGAAACCGCUAAUCCACGGCGACAUCAAGCCGGCCAACAUUCUCCUCGACCCGUGCGACAACGCGAAGAUCGGCGACUUCGGGCUGGCGCGCGAGGGUCCCCAGUCGGACUACACGCACGUCAAGGUCAGCCGAAUUCACGGCACCGGCCCCUACCUGCCCGCCGACUACUUGCGCUCGAAGAAAAUGUCGACCAAAGUGGACACGUACAGUUUCGGCGUCUUACUAUUCGAACUGGCGACCGCGCUACACGUCUACGUCGAGCAGCGGCCGGACAAGUUCCUGCGGGACCACAUCGACAAUUACAAGGGGGACAUUUUAGACUUGAAGGACGGACGAGCGCCGGACGGCGACAAUUGCUUUCGCAGCUUCAUCGAGAUAGGAAAGGUGUGCGUCAACAGGCGGGCAAAGGACCGGCCCGAAAUGGUAGAGGUGCUAAUAUCGUUAGAACAAGUGUCCUUGUGAAAGUCGGUGUUUUUGUUACUUUUUUAUAAAUAUACGGUCGUUAAUUCUACUUUGAGGAUUUCAA